AUAACCCAGAAAUAUCAGCUCCAUGAAGCUUCUUCAUAUUUACUGGAGAAGAAGGGAGAUAUCCAUGGUGCCUUUUUGGUUAUGCUUGAGCGAUUGCAGAGCAAGUUGCUGGUGCUUACACAAGAUGAUGAAAGCUCAGCCGAGCUCCCCUUGCUAGAAAACAUCGAAGAUACCUUAAUGAAAACAAUUGCCCUUUGCCAGAGAAAUUCACACAAUUUAGACCAGCAACAGCGAGAGGCCCUCUGGUUUCCCCUGUUGGAGGCGAUGAUGUCCCCACAGAAAUUAUCUGGUUCUUCACACCCUGUGCUCCACAGUGAUUCUUUGAAGAGUUUGACAAUGCAAGUGCUGAACAACAUGGCUGCAUUUAUCGCUCUUCCUUCAAUCCUGCAGAGAAUUCUACAGGAUCCAGUUUAUGGAAAAGGGAAACUUGGAGAAAUUCAAGGACUUGUCCUGGGAAUGCUGGACACUUUUAACUAUGAACAAACCCUUUUAGAGACAACUACAAAUCUUUUAAACCACGAUCUCCACUGGUCCCUGUGUAACCUAAGAGCUUCUGUCACUAGAGGGCUUACCCCAAAGCAGGAUUACUGCUGCAUUUGUCUACAGCAGUACAAAAGAAGACAAGAAACUGCUGAUGAAAUAAUUGUUUUCAGCUGUGGCCACUUGUACCAUUCGCUGUGUCUGCUGAGUAAAGAGUGUGGGACAGUAACCAAAGGCCUGAUGAGGUGGAUGUGCUAUAAAUGCAACUCAAGUAACAAGGGAGGAAAACUGAGCGAGAACUUCUCAGAGCUCAAAAAAGGAAGUGGAGCAUCCUUGGCACAGACAAGUUCAGAGUCUCUGUUGGAUCCUCAGCAAAUCCAAGCUUUUGACCAACUCUGCCGACUCAACCGAGGAACCUCCAGACUAGCUCUCCUGACAGAACUGUCUCGUGGCCACAGCGGUGAAAAGCACGGGCUGCUCAGCAUUUCCCAUGGUGACCCGGCCACCAGCAGCGUCUUCCAGAAUGAGAACUUCCAGCUCCAUCUGGCCCCCCCUCCAGUGGCUGAAGACUAG